UGUUCUUUCGGUGGGGAUGUGCAGUCCGGAGGGUCAUUCCUGCCCGGUCCCUUUCCAACCCGUUUCCGGUUGUUUACCGUUCACCCGGGUGACGGUUUCUUUUAAAAAAAACUUUUGCUUUUGAGAAGAAAUGAAGCGGAACAAACGCGGCCGCUUCGUGUCCGUGUCGAUGGCGCAGAAAAUGAAAAGGCUGUCUGAGGUUCAGCGGCAGCGGUGGAUACGCCCCGAGCGGCCGGGGCCUCAGUCCGAGUCCGGAGUUCCGCCGCGGGGAGAUGAGGCCCCGGGGCCUGAGGCCGCUGUGGAGUCAGGUCACUGCCCCCGGGCUGGGCCUGCUUUGAAUGACCGUCUCUCGUCGCCCUUUAAAAAGCUGCAACUCUUUGGUCUGGGAUUAGCCAAAGCUUGUCCUCACCUUGACUCAGUUAACACCCGCUCAGUGACUACACCUCUUGUUGCGACCACGAGCUACUGCCGUCUCUGUCAUGGAAGGUUUUCCUCCAGGAGUCUACGUAACGUUUUUGCAAAAGUUCCUUUGCUUGAGGCGAAUCCAGAGAGGCAGCGCAGAGCACAACAGACUUUCUGUACUGAUUUUCAGAAACUAGUUGGUGUUGUGGUAAGGCAGGAUCCGUCUUUGCCACAGUAUGUCUGCAGGAAGUGUCAUGCUCAGUUUUACAAAUGUCAGAGUAUCUUGAGAAACUACAUUCAAAGAGUGAAUACUUCACCAGUAGCUUCUGUACAACGUGGACAAGAGUCUAGCAGAUGUGCUGCAACAACAAAGUUAUCAUCAGUGCAAUCACUUUCGCGAUCACCAUUAGACAGUUCUAUCUCUGAUUAUUUUAAAUGGAUGCUAAAUGAUGGUGUAGUAAAUGCAACCCCACAAUGUUUGCAAGUUUUGGUCACUUGGGCUCACCGACAUGGCAGCAGCUGUGGGUCCCUACCAAAUGUACAGAGUGUCUUAUCUGCUGAGUAUCAUGGAGUAGUUGGAGCUGUAUGGGGGUGUCCAGAAGGACACAGUUACAUCUUGGAUGUGCAUUCAAAUCAGAAGGUUGCACUGAAUGAGAUGCCAUGCCCACACAUCAAGACUAAUGAUUCAAUGAAAGAGAAAAUUGUAGGAAACGUAUUACCUAUCCCACCUCAAAAUGGAACAGGUGCUGAAAAUGGUGAGAGUGGUCCAAUCUGUAAACUUCAACCAGUUCCAGUAUCACUGUGGUCAUCUGACUCUCAGCCUUGUACAUACAGUGGAGUAACUUCACAGCCAGUAGAUGUGGACAAUUCAGAAUACCUGCUGAGCAAAGAUAUGUUUUUGCACAUAGAUCCUGAGAGUACUGAGUGCUGUUGGGAAAAGGCUCAGUUACAGGAUGCUAUGCAAGUAUUAAAUUCAAAAGUAGAUCAAAUUGACUGCAACAAAGCUUCGUGUUCUAUAAAGGAUGAUGUUGCAGAUGGAUUAGAAUCUAGUGACCUCUCUGACAGGUACUUGUCAAGUGAAGAUGAUGGGGAAGAAAAAGUUAAGAAUGGGUCUUCAGAUGAGUCUUUCCAGCCAUAUUGGGAGAAGAAUAAAUUACCAGCUACGAAAUGUGAUAGUAAAGAAGUGAAGAAAACUCCAGGACAAAGGCGUAUGCGAAAAUCAAAGUCAAACUGUGAAAGAGAAGAUUUUCCCACCAUGCACCGAUGUCAGUACAAGGGCUGCUGUGCAGUAUAUAGAGGAGCUGAUGGAUUGAAGGUAAAAUUAUGCUCAGGACAUUAUCCUCAAGACUAAUUGGUCAACCACAAAAUUUAAAACUUUAGGCUUUUUGAGUAUCAGCUUAGCUCAACUACCUCUUGACUUUAGGACUAUGAUUUUGCACCCUACGCUAUGUUUAAUUAAAAACACUAAUUUUUUUUAGUUGUAAAAGUUCACACUGACAAAAAUAGCAUAAUUCUGCUUAUCUUUUGAGAAAUCAACAUUAGUAGUAUGUAAAGUUCUGCACCCUCAGUUACAAUAUCAAGUCUCAGAGUAAUGGUGCUCUGUGUUUGGGUACUAUACAUACUAAAUAUAAGGUGUACAGAUAUUAAGGAGAGUUCAUCGUGCCAUUUUGCUGCUAGCUGAUGUUCAUGUAUUCUGAUGGCUAGUUUCCUUUCUGUCUGUCCGAUCAUCAGCUAGCAGCAGAACGGCUCCUUAAUAUCUGUACAUUCAGACAAUGAAGGCCAUCAGUUUAACUGGGACAAAGUAACCAUAGUAGCCCAAGCCAAACAUAGACACACA